UUAAUCUUUCUUUUUAGGCUUCCUUAAGCCAGCCGUAAUAUUGAUAGAAUGAAAAAGUUUAAGAGGAGACUUUCCUUAACCUUGCGUGGAAGUCAGACCAUUGAUGAGUCGCUGUCUGAGCUAGCAGAGCAAAUGACAAUUGAAGAAAGCAGCAGCAAAGAUAAUGGUGUGAGUAAUAAUGGAAGGAUCAGCUACAGUAAAGUGCAGCCUAUUGUGAAGAAUGGCAGGCCUCCAACGUCUCACAGUAUGCACUCAUUUCUCCACCAAUACACGGGAUCUUUCAAGAAACCCCCUUUACGAAGACCACAUAGCGUCAUAGGGGGCAGCCUCGGCUCUUUCAUGGCAAUGCCCAGAAAUGGGAGCAGACUAGAUAUUGUUCAUGAAAAUCUGAAAAUGGGGUCAGAUGGUGAAAGUGACCAAGCUUCUGGAACAUCAUCUGAUGAAGUUCAGUCUCCCACGGGUGUUUGUCUCAGAAACCGAAUACACAGACGAAUCUCAAUGGAGGAUUUGAACAAGCGUUUGUCCCUGCCUGCUGAUAUCAGGAUACCCGAUGGCUAUCUUGAAAAGUUACAGAUUAACAGCCCACCAUUUGAUCAGCCUAUGAGCAGACGAUCUCGUAGAGCAUCUCUAUCGGAAAUUGGAUUUGGAAAAAUGGAAACCUAUAUCAAGUUAGAAAAACUUGGAGAGGGUACUUAUGCAACAGUUUAUAAGGGGAGAAGUAAAUUGACAGAGAACCUGGUGGCUCUGAAAGAAAUUCGCUUGGAACACGAAGAGGGAGCACCUUGUACAGCCAUAAGAGAAGUGUCAUUAUUAAAAGACCUGAAGCAUGCGAACAUUGUUACGUUACAUGACAUUGUUCACACAGACAAGUCUUUGACUCUUGUUUUCGAAUAUCUGGACAAGGAUCUGAAGCAGUACAUGGAUGACUGUGGUAAUAUCAUGAGUAUGCACAAUGUAAAGCUAUUUUUAUACCAAAUUCUUCGUGGUUUGGCAUACUGUCAUAGGAGAAAGGUGCUACAUCGAGAUCUGAAGCCACAAAAUCUACUAAUUAAUGAGAAAGGAGAACUGAAGCUAGCAGACUUUGGAUUGGCUAGAGCAAAAUCUGUUCCUACGAAGACCUAUUCCAAUGAAGUUGUCACGUUAUGGUACAGACCACCUGAUGUUCUUCUCGGAUCUUCAGAGUAUUCAACUCAAAUUGACAUGUGGGGUGUUGGAUGCAUAUUUUUUGAAAUGGCAUCAGGAAGGCCUCUCUUCCCAGGUUCGACUGUUGAAGACGAACUGCACUUAAUUUUCAGGCUUUUGGGAACCCCAUGUCAAGAAACAUGGCCAGGCAUUUCUUCCAGUGAUGAAUUUAGAAACUACAACUUUCCCAAAUAUAAACCACAACCCCUGAUCAACCAUGCACCAAGGCUAGACACUGAAGGAAUUGAAUUGAUAGCAAAGUUCCUUCAAUAUGAAUCAAAGAAGAGAAUUUCAGCAGAAGAGGCCAUGAAACAUGCAUACUUCAGGAGUCUUGGAACAAGGAUACACACUUUGCCUGAAAGUGUUUCAAUAUUCAGUCUAAAAGAGAUUCAGCUGCAGAAAGACCCUGGCUUUCGAAAUUCCACUUAUCCAGAGACAGGACAUGGGAAGAACAGAAGGCAGAGCAUGCUUUUUUAAAGUGGGCGGUCCAGAGUCAAGCCCAAGCCUAUCCUCUCAAUCAAGGACUCGGAUCUGAAGGCAGUGCUCUCUUCUGGUGGACUUGGAAUCUCAGUUUGUCUACACUGUCCUCUUCACAGUGGAGUCUUUUUAUUUCCAACCUGCAGAUUAUGUUUUUAUAUUUGUUGUCACAGUGUGACAAUUUUUUGUACAGUUGGUUUUAAGGUCUCCUCUGCCACUAGAGCCAGUAGGUUACAGCUGUUGAUGUAACUGUAGCUGCAAUUUUUGUGCAGGACUGAGAAACACAGUGCAUUAUUUAUUGCGGAAUCAUUGCUGCUAAAUAACUACUGUCUGUAUAGUUAACACAACAGUUCCAUGCCUGAAGAAGUUGCAGUGGCUUUAUAAUAUGUGAAUGCAUCUGUUUCUCUUCAUAAAAUGUUCUACUGCUGCGGGGUUUUUUUGUAUUUCGUAAACUGCAGUGUUUCCUGGAAUGUAAGCAUAGCUUUGCUUGGCUAUAGGUGAACCAUCUUUAAUGCUCUGAGUUCAUGGCACUUAAUUCCUUAUUUAACAUUGAAAGUAUGUGUUGAAAUAGUUGAAAAAUUAUAAUGCAUAUUAUGUUUUUGAAAAGCACACGGUGUGAAAGUUGAUUCAAACAAGUGAAAAGUAACUGUUAUUUGCUCUCAAAUCCUAUACUAGUUAUUGAUGAAUUAGAGCAUGGAGACUGGAUGAUAUAUUUUGUCAGGCUUACUCCAGCAUAAGGUAUUUGCACGUUGUUGUGCAUAUUGGGCCUGGCAGAAGCAAUGACUUGCAGAAGCAAUGACUUUUUUUACCUUGUUUUUAACUUAGGAAUACAAAUAGUAGAAAAAAAAGAAAAAAAAAAAAAAAAGAUUCAUACAUGUUGGACCCUGACUUACUUUUAAAAUUUUGAAUCUUUUCAUUACAGAGGAACGGGACGACUAAUUACAAGAAUAUGGGAAUAAUGUGAUGUUUUCCCACCUCGUUUCUCUCCCGUUUGUGCAUUAUUCACUUGAAAUCAACUGGAAAGAUGCAAAAGAUGCAAGUUUGUACUUGAUAAGAACUCACUAUGCUAGAAAACUUUUAAAAUGGGAACUUAGAGAGUUUUUCAGAUCUUAGGUGUUAUCUGUUUACCAGAGACAGUAAACAUGUUACUACUAUGCUUAUGCAUCUCAGUGAGUAUCAUAAGUACACCCUUGGUGAUGGUUACAGUAUUUUUAAGCAUUUGUGUUCACCUUUAUGAACCUAUUUGUUUAGUGCAUCUUAAAGAGACUGUAAAUCUUUAUUGGUAUAUUUUGAAAUGGUCAUGUAAAUCUUUGGCUGGUAUAUCAUGAAAAUUGUCAUAGGUAACUUAAUUUUUCCUGACAUUCACUGUAAAACAUUCAGGGGUCCUACCAUUUCUGUUCAGGAAAUCUUGUAGUUUAUUGUUAUUUAACAGUAUUAAGUGAAUUUUUGUAUAUUUCAUUUUAACUUUAUUUGUGAAUAGUGAUCGUGGCAUGUUUGGGGGUGUUUUAUUAAUAUUUCAUCGAUACUGGUAAAUUUGAAUUGGGAUUUUUUUUUUUUAUUUUCUGAAAGAGAGGAAUUCACGUGUAAUGGUGACUGUUGGACCACUACUGCUUUUCAGCAUUUGUAAACCGGUUUUACGUUAAAUCUUGUAGACCUAACAAACUGCUGUUAUUUCUAACUGACCGACCUGUAUUAAUAUUGUACUUUUGAAAGUAUAAAUAUUAUGUGGAAUUC